UCUCGAGGCAGAAUUAACAUAGGAGAUUUCUCUUCUCAAAAUAACAACAAAAUGGUCGAUACGUUGAAAACAUUAGCUCUUCGGGUCUGUUCAGAUUUCCCUGAGAUAACAUACAUUCAAGAAGGCCUAGAAGAAAACAAGCUCUGUCUCAAAGAUGAUGUUUAUCUCCCGCAGGACAUUAGCGAGCCUCUGCUCGAGACGCUUUUGGAAACCAGACCUCUGGAUUACCUGGCAGUUUUCCGCGAUAGCACACGUUGCAAGCUAACAAAACUUGAUCUCAAGAAAAAGAAAACAAUUAAAUAUCAGAAUCUGUUGUGCGAGCUAUUUAAUCAUCGUGUAAGGGAGAUCGACCUGUCGAACUGCUUCCUAAACAAAAACACUGCCGCAAAAUUUGAGAAACUCUCGGGAUGUUUGGAGAUUCUGUACUUGUCAGGAACCAAAGGCAGUUGGUCAUCCGACGGUGCAAAAUUCUUCGGACAAUUGGAAAAACUCAGAGUUCUGGAUAUAAGUUUUACUCUUCUUUCAUUUCACUGUAUGAACUCAAUUUCAAACGUAAACACAUUGACAUAUUUGAACAUAUCGGGUUGUGACGUCACCAGCAUAGUUCCUCUUCGGAGUUUAAAAGGAACUUUGGAACACCUCUUCAUGUAUGAUGUUAACAUGAAAUUUGCAAAUGAAGUACUACAAGUUAUUCCGGAGCUUAAGUCCCUCACCCAUCUUGAUAUUUCAAGAGACAUCUCUGUCAUAGAAGCUGAAAGAGGUCAAAAAUUUUUAGAUUCUGUAAGCCAAUCUCAGCUUAUGAAUUUAUUUGGAUCUUUGAAAGAACUUACCUACUUGGAUCUUUCAGGUUUUUCUGGUAUGAAAGAGACUGAUCUUGCUGCUUUGAGAAAAAGCUUAGCCAAAAAUCUGGAGUUUCUUGGUUUAUUUGGGACAUACCUGGAGUUCCAUGGAGAUCUUCCUGCUAAAUCUGUUGCUGGUAUUGCCAAUGGGGCUCAAAUUCUUGCUGCUUUGCGAUUUCAUACAAAAAGAUCCUCUUACAUCCUGAAAGCCUUAGGAGUAGGCUAUGAUUUCAUAUCUCAAAGGAAUUUUGACUGCACUGAAGAAGCUUUGAAGCUUUUUGUUGCUGUAUCAAAGCAGCAUUUGUCUUCAGAAAACAUACAGAUUGGUGCCAGUGCUUGUAUCUGUCAUUUGUUAGGUUCACCUCAAGCAGCCAGUUUCAGUCCUGCAAUUCGAAGAUCGACGAUAGGUGCUUUGAUUGAUGUAAUAGAAGCUCACAAAUUGAACAGCGUUUUGAAAAACUGUUUGCAGUGCUUAUACAAUUUCAAUUUUCCAGCUGAGAUGGAAUUCGCUUUUGGUCGAUUAAGCAGGCAGCUUCUGCGCAUACUGAAGAAGUACACCGACAAACGUUUGUGCCGUUUGGCAAUUACACUUUUCAAUGCCAUUAUAUGCCAUUCAUCUACAUUCAAGCUGACAGUUGGAAGGCUCGGAGCUAUUAUUAUUAUUCUUGAUGUUAUAAGAGAAAAAGUUGGAAACUCAGAGAUUGAUAGGAUCUUAAAAACUUGUUGGUGCUGCUUAUGGAAUGUAACAGAUGAAACACCUGAAAACUGCGAAAUUUUUAUAUAUUCUGGUGGGCUGGCGCUUUUCCGACAAUGUCUUGAUGAAUUUGAGGAUGAUACAGAGCUUCAAAGAAGUAUGCUCGGCCUGAUGGGAAACCUUGCCGAAGUCGAAAGCCUCCGCUGCCAUUUCAGAGUUGAUAGCAUGCUAUUAAUAUUUAUGAAGUUAUUAGACACAUCAUCGUACGAUUUUGAAGUGAGCUACAACGCAGGUGGUGUCUUGUCCCACGUGUGCUCAGAUGGCGAUGAAGAAUGGCAAUCUAAAACAAUAUCAAGACAAGAAUGCAUGGAUGCAGUGGUGAGAUCAGUCCAGGAAUGGGAUGUCGAGUCUUCCAGAAACAUCAAUUAUAGAUCUCUGAAGCCCAUGUUGAGGCUUAUUCCAUUGGAUAACAAUCGAUGUGGACAGGAAUGGUCUAUUUGGGCAUUAGCCAACCUCACCAAAGUGUAUCCUCAAAAGUACUGUGAAUUAUUGGUGGAGGAAGGAGGCAAGGAGCUGUUAGAUAGUGUUUUACAUUCGGAAACAGCAAGUCAAAGUAUGAAGAGAUUUGCUCGAAUGAUCAUAGACACGAUAAAUAGCACCGGGAGACCAAUGGUAUCGUGAUUAAGGCCGGUUCUUUGCCGAUUCGGCCGACUCCAAAUAAUGCAAUUAUACAUAGAUUUGUAAUGACCGUGUUAUCGGCUCUCAGCAUUCUAUAGCAUCUGCUGUAGACUGUAAAGCGAUUUACGCUAACCCGGAGAAUACGUCGUUAUUUUUAACAGGCAAUAUGAAGUUACCUUACGAUACUAUAUAUGAAAAUUGGAGUUUACCGGUCGGUCAUAGAGUGUUCGAUGCCGCGUAGAUAGAGCAGUACACACUUUAGUUCUAAGUUGCUACUCCAAGUUUCACGUGUAAUUUACCAUACUAGAUAGGUAAAGAAAGUUGUAUAUAAAUUUAUUUGAAUGGAAGUGCUCUGAUUAUCACGACCUUCUUUAUGUUUAGGUGGAUGUUCACCUUUUCUAGAGUUGGCACGAUAUUAAUGCUUUACUAAACAUUGGCUUUGUCGAACAAUUUUUCAUUUCCCUUUCGUUAUUAUAAGGAAAAGUAUAGAAAAACUGUUUCAAUUACCCGCUAUUUCGAAUACUGCUAUUUAUUUUGAAAGAUUCUUCAUUUGUACACCGUUUUAGUAUAACCAUUCACCUGCUCGACUACCCACUAUUUCGAAGAAAUAUCCCUUACUAGUCAGAGAACAACACAGUGGAUGACAACUUUAUUUUCUUCAAUUCAGUAUGCAUAUCUUCUUUAAAAGAUAUACCUAGAAGGUGUAGAAGCUUUUUUAUUUUUUAUAUUUGCUAUUUGUAGCUACUAGCUUAGCUGAAGAUAAGUACAUUAAGUGAUUGUAUUACAGAAGUUCGUAAUAACAGGAUCCAAAAGCUAGCUUAAGUUAUAGGUGUAUGUAGUGUUAAAAUGCAGAGAGACUUACUGUAUGCAUAAUUUCAUAAAAAAAGUUCUCUUCGUUUUGAUUUAAUCGUCUUUAGAAACCUCGGUUGAAGUUAAAUUCCACCAAAACAGAACUAUAUGAAUACUUCACUAAACCAAGAUUUCUAGCACGGGAAAUCACCACUUUAUUUCUCUUUCGUUUAUCUGUUAAAGUAACUAAAUUAUCUCGCACUGAAAUUAUUUAAAUUAAUCAUUUUGUUAUUUCAAUAUGUAUGUAUAAACUUCAUUAUACUGAUAUUACAGUAUGAUUUAUUGGUAAUGUAUAAAGCUUAACAAAGGAAUGUGAUCAUAACUGACAGAAUAAUGUGUCUUUAA